UUACACGAUACACAUUCAUAUACAUGCUUUUCUAAACUUCACUGUACAGACUAACUCAUACACAUCUUUUGUUUCUUUCACGUGAGAAAUUCUUACCCACAAAUUUUGUAUAUACAUGAACCUAACAUAUUAAUGUGCCAAACUUUCAAGUUUCAUUCUUUGUAAUAUACAGAACCACCAAACCUUAUUCAAAAGUUAAUCAUAUGAAGGAAUAAAACUUACCAUUAAAUAAAACAUAAAAUAUCACAAUUGGCAUAUGUUUUUGUUGUUGUUCUUUCUGCAGAAAAAGAGAAGUAAAUCCAAAACAGAGAGGGAUCAGAUCGGAAAACAAAUUUUGCCGGAGAACAAAUCGGAGCUAUCGGAGACAUUGCGAGUGCUGCUUAGAUCCGCUACCACCAAUUGUCGACCACCACUCCAGAUCAACCAAGAACCACCGCCUCCUCCGCCGCAAAUCAGUCCGCUCCGGCGAGAAUCGACAUCAUCAGCAGCUGCCAAACAACACCACCGACCUCCGAUCUAACCGCUGAGCCCUUCGUCCUUCACACGAACACCGGAUCCCGAUCUCAUAUGAAUCGCACCCGCUGUCAUCAUUAGCUCCUCUGCGAAUCAUCGUAAAUUCCGGCCAACAUCGUGGCCAUGGAGGUUAGAUUUCAUUCAUUCUCUUCCCUUUUUUCAUCUGUUUUCAAAUUGAUGCCGGUUAUUGGAGUAUUGAGUGUUGUUGCUUGGAUGUUGCUUUUAAUUUUGUUUGUAUCAUUUGCUGAGAAUUUGAGAUGAGGGAUAUAUGGUUGAUUUCACUGCUAUUCUGAAAAGUGUUUUUUUGUUUUUUUUUGUUUGUGUCUAAGAAAAGAUGGGAAAUGGUUCACGUUUCUCUCUCUACUAAGAAAACAAGAAAAAAAAUCUAAAUAACCAUGUUUAAUAAAUAAUUUAUACCUAAAACCAUGUUUUCGUCAAAAUUUCGCAUAUGACUAGAUUUCAGAGGUGGCCUCCACAUAGGAGCCACCUCAGGUGGCGCCAAUGUCCAUUUUUCUAUAACCUAUGCGCCACCCAGGGUGGCUUCAAUGUGUAUUUUCCUCUUUUAAGCCACCUGGGGUGGCGCCUAUGUGUAUGUCAUUUUUUUUUGUUUUUUUUAAUUGUUUCUAUACUAUUUUUUUUAAAUUUUUUUUAUUAAUAAAAUUGUUUUAAUUUUAAAGUAUUUAAAAUAUAUAUAUAUAUAUAUAUAUAUAUAUAUAUAUAUAUAUAUAUAUAUAUAUUAAAUUGCGAUAGAUAAAAUCAGUGAAACAGGUAACUCGAGCGUUCACGGAAAACAGUUGUUCAUUCAUUAAUUAAAAGGUACAUAGAAAAUAACCAACAGAAAAAGAUAAACUAAAACAUCUAAGAAAUCACCACGGUUAAAACAAUGUUAUUAGGUCCAUGCAUCAUUUGAAUGGCAUCAAUGUCGUAUUCCACGUUAUCCCAGAAAGUUAUAGUUGCUCCACUCACAGCAUCGGCCCUUGUUUUAAGCCUCUUGAUGCUUCUUAUCUGUUCGCCGGCUUCGUACUCCCCCUCUAAAAAACUCAUGAGAGUCCUCUUGAGUUGCUCGACGGAAGAGAUAUUCCAAAACAUAACCGGCAUGGGAGGUUUGACGGGUGAGAAUAUGACAUGUCCGUUCCUUCUGUGAUACUCCGGUUCAGGUUCGGCACGCCAUGUUGAUCUCCGGGGCGGCAACUCUGUUGUCCGGUGACAUCCAUCUGGCCUAAUGGUUGUCCAGCGAGGCAUGGUUGUGUUUGUGUGAUUGUUUGGUAUUUGGAGUUUGUGUAUCUAUGUGUAAACUCAACAAUAGGAGCCCCUAAUUUAUAAUAGUAGUGGGUAGAAAAAAGUAAUGAUGUUGCGUACUGUUUACAAGCACGCCUAACAUGUAUGAUAAAUGACUGACUUGAUGGGACUAGACGAAAGCAUGCGUAUUUGACUGUCCAAAAUAAAGAGUGGCAGUAUGGGCCAUGAAGACAAUUUCACUACGUGACAAAGACAUAACUAGUUGAUUUAAUAAAGGAUAAUACAAAUACAUUACCAAUAGAAAUACAAAUACAAAUACAAAUACAAAUACAAAUACAAAUACUAAUACAAAAACAUUAUCAAUAAAAAUACAAAUACUAAUACAAAUGACAUACAACUAAUUGUUGGUGGAAUUUGAUCCACGGUUAGGACAGGUAUUUCUAUUGUGCCCGACUUCACGACAUAUGCUACACUUUCGUACCAUUUUCUCAUGAUCCAUCUCGGUUGUGAUCCGGGUGCUGUUCGGGCGACCUCUUUUCUUUCUCCGCAUGUUAUCAUUAUGCCAAACCACGCCCCCUUCAUACGCAGGCCAAUAAUUCUCCUUUGCCAUCACUUGAAAUGAGUUGUUGUACACCCCGAGCAAGGUAUCCGCCUUGUAAAUGGGAGAUAAAAGUGCUAACGGAUCUUGAUGCGCAUACGAACAUGCUGCAAUUACAUGAGAGCAUGGCAUCCGAAAGGCUUGAAACUUUCCACAAUCGCACCACCCUUCAUCUAUAAGAACCCUGUAUUGUUGUCUCGGAAGGCCCUCGUUAUGGUCAAUCGUUUCUUUAACACUAAAGGUCCGGUUGAAUCGAUCGAAAGAUGUCACAAUGUGGCUGUUGGCUUUGGCAGAUUGCUCUUUCAUGAAUUUGACGCAUGUUUCGCUGAAUAAUUGUCCGGAUUCUAUAACUGCAUUUCAACGCUCACCUCUUCUUGCGAAAAGAGAAGCCAUCCUAUAGUAUGUUGCUUCCAACAAGGCAGUAAUCGAAAGGCGUCUGAUGCCCUUAAACACCCCGUUCAUAGACUCCACAAGAUUUGUAGUCAUGUGCCCCCAUCGCUUCCCGUUGUCGUAUGAUCUGGUCCAUUUCUCUCUAGCAAGAUUGUCUACCCAUCUGCCUGCAUCUGGAUUUGCCGCUACAAUUUCAUGUCGAUAAUAUUGGAACGUCGGUUGAGUCAACGUAUAUCCGGCAUUGACAAGAGUCUUCCGAAGAGCCCUGUCCUUUAUCUCCCGCAUGAAAUUUUGUGCAAUGUGUCGAAUACAGUAAACAUGCGUUGAGGUUGGGUUUUGCCACCCGUUUGCUGGAUUGUUGUACGCACUCUCGAUGGCAGCAUGUCUGUCUGAAAUCAAGCAAAGUCCAGGUUGGGGGCAACGUGUGUCCGAAGAUUUCUGAGAAAGAAACCCCAACCUCCAGCAGUUUCUCCUUCCACAAGAGCGAACGCAACAGGAAAGAUGUUACUAUUUCCGUCUUGAGCCACAGCCAUCAACAUGGUGCCUUUAUAUUUUCCGUACAACCAAGUUCCAUCUAUUUGAAGAAUUGGUUUGCAAUAUGAAAAUCCUUGUACACAUGGGCGGAAAGCCCAGAAGAGCCUGUGGAAUAUCACAUUUCCUUGAAGGGAUGUUCCGUCUGGAGAUUGCGCCGGAAGGGUCUCUAAAAUAGUAACGGUUCCAGGAGCAUAAAUUUUAAGCGCAUAUAAGAAAUGUGGGAGUCGUUUGUACGAAUCCUCCCAAUUUCCAUACACAACUUCGAUCGCUUUGGUCUUCGCCAGCCACGCCUUUCUAUAAGACGGAGUGUAGUUGUAUGUUGCAACGAUAUGAGAGAUUAUCGUUUUCACCUUUAACGAUGGAUCUUUUUCAACUAGAGGCAAGAUUUCUUGACAAAUAAUGUCAUAACUUAGCUUACGGUGAUCUUGUGAAACAUUUGUGUUAACACAUGUGUGAUCUUGGGAAAUAUAUCCUAUAACCCAUGAAUCACUUCUCUUCCUGUAUGAUGCAUGCAACCUGAAUCCACAAUUAGUGUUUCUACAAUAAAUUUUGUACCUCUCGACAUUGGCGCGAUCAACUCUAAAAUCAACAUUGUUAGCCAUAUGAAAUCUUUUUAUGGCCAUGAUACAUGCCUCCUUAGAACGAAAUCUGUCUCCUACUUUUAACCGUUGAUCUGUUUGAGUGUAUGGAUCAUAGAAAAUAUCAGUCGAUGGUUCGUCAUCCGCUUCAAAAUUCAAGUUCCUCAUGUGCGCUGGAGGCAUAUGCACUUGAUCUCGUGGUACAACAACUUCCGGUUCAUCUUCACUUUCCUCGUUGACCAAGUUAUCAACUUCUAUUUCCGGUGCUUCUUCUUCUUCAUCUACAACGUCGACCUCUGCUUGCUCGUCUCCAAGUGCAUCAAUGACUUGUGACUCAACCAUUUGUGUGGGUUCAACUUCUGGUAGAGUAACAUACAGUUCUAUGCAGUCGUAACCAGAAUACUCAUGAUUGGCAAACAUAUUCUGCAUUUCUUCAUCGUCUUUGAUCUCAACUUGGAUAAACUUGACCGGGUUGUCCCCACGAAGAAAUCGAUAUUGGUAAAAAAUCUGGGAUACACCACCCAUUGCAAGCUUCGUCUCUAAUCUCCCUUUGAAGUAACUGAAAUUUACUUUUCUGCUUAAACAAAAUCGUUUAACCUCGGUGUUUCUAAACAGAAAACCAACUUCUUCGUUGUCAUAUGUCUCGCCAAAAACAUGAGCGUUGAUAAUGUAUUGUGGAGGGGCCAUUGUUGAGUGGGUAAAGAGUGUUAUUUCAGUUGUGAAAUGAGAUGUGUAAUGAGUUGUGUUAUUUUCCACAUUAGAGGUAUGCUUUUAUCAUCACAAACUUACUGUGUUGAGUUGAGAUCAUUAUGACACUGGUGAACUGCUGCACAGUCGACUUGACCAGACUCCAUCACACUGAGCAGUACAUACUGUACAAUCACAUGCGAAUAAAGUUGACGGAAAAUGAAUGCCUGAAUCGUCACAAACGUACUGAGUUGAUUUGAGGUGUGCUUGACACUGGUGAACUGCAGCUUUGCCGACUUGACCAGACCCAACCAUACUGAGCAGCGCACACUGUAUAAUCACAUGCGAAGACUGUAUGCUAAUUAUUUUCGGUGAAACAGCAGCUAGAAAAAACCCUAAACCCUAAAAAUACAAAAAAUAACAUAGAAAACCCUAACCCUAAUUUUUGAAAAAAAAGGGGUUGCAUGUUGGCGCCACCUGGGGUGGCGCAUUAGUACAAAAUUCCACAGAAUGGCGCCACCUGGGGUGGCGCAUUAGUGUGUUUUAUUUUUUUUUUUUGCCCUAAUUUUGUUACGUGGUCCCCACUGCCAAAACCCUAGACUAAUCUGCCAGCAUGUGAUCUACCUGCAUCAUAUUACUGUACGCAUGCAUGCUUAGACAAUUCAGCACAGAACACGGGAUGCAGGCCUAGUCUAUUCUGCCAGAGACAUAAAAUGCAUGGUCAUUUCAACACAGAAUGCAUGUGAACCCAUAUUUAUCACUUUGAUAUCUGUAUCACAUGCAUGCUCACCACUUGGCCAUCAUGCACUAAACAUCAGCAACCACCACCCCUCUAUAAAUACUCUCAUAGAAUACUUUCUUCUCACCGACAUAUCUUCUUCUUCUUCAAAAAACCACUUUGCAUUUCCAAAUCCGCAGAAAAGUAAAGGAGUUCUUGAAAAUGGCCCAACAACUUCUUACAAUGGGUGAAACACACAGAGGAACUAGAGCAAACUUGGCGACAUUUGUAAGUUCAUACUUAUUUAUUUAUAAACAUCAAUGCGUAUAUGACAUCCAGUUUAAUCGAUUUAUUUGUGGUUCUUAGGCUGUUGACCGAUUCCGUACACGGUCUCACGCUUAUGUUGAACCCGACGAGAGGAUUAUUCCGAAUCUACAAGCAUGUGGCUUCGGACAUAUCAUAAAAAUGCACAACAACACCAUAGACAGAAAAUUCAUCCUUGCCUUACAAGAGAGAUGGAGGCCUGAAACCCACACGUUUCAUCUUCCAAUAGGUGAGUGUACUGUUACUCUAGAAGAUGUUUAUAUGUUGCUUGGUCUGCCCAUUGAUGGCAAGGCUGUUAAUGGAUCUGUUCAACAUGCUAAUUCACUGUGUGAGAGAGUGUUGGGAAGAGAUCUAGUUGUGCCUACUCAAGGUUCAAGAGGCCAGGGUAUCAGUCUGGCCUCCCUUAGAGCUUAUUAUGAUGAACUCGUCUUGAUGGACAACUCUACCGAGGAGCAUGUUUGGUUAAUGACUAAGGUUUAUAUAAUGUUGAUGUUUGGUAACCUUUUAUUCCCGGAGUCGACAGGUAACACUGUCAACUUUUUUUAUUUAAGUAAAUUUGAUAGUAUUAGCAAGAUUAGGAAAUAUAGUUGGGGGUAUGCCGUUUUGGCGAUGUUAUACCAAUCGCUUUGUAAGAACACGGUUGUCGAGAAGUGCACCUUCUAUGGAUGUGCGUUCCUCCUACAAGUAUGGGGUUGGUGGAGACUGCCGACGCUAUCCCCUGCAGGCAGGAACAACUACACGUUCCCUUAUGCAACAAGGUUCUGUGGUCCUAAAUUGGAUUACAGUAAGAAUCCGAGGGGGAGUGUUAUUUUGUAUCGGGACCUAAUUGAUCACCUCUGAGCUGAAGAUUUUAAUUGGAGACCAUACUUGAUGCUAGACCAUGAGCCAAACGAGAGUGACCGGGAAGUUUGGACUGCAGUGACACCUAUAAUAAGGUUCAACAUCGUGGAGAUGCACCAAUCUGACCGUGUGAGACUACAGUUUGGCAUGCAUCAACCAAUCUCGGAUCCCCCCACUGAUUUGGGGCUGGCAUAUUAAAAGAGUUAACAAUCAAUGGGACCACGCAGAUUAUCGUACAUUCGCACCUGAAUUUUGUGAGAUGUGGAAGUAGCGUCGCAGCCGUCUGCUACAAUUCCCUGUUGCCCAACUCCCCAUGUUUCCAACCGCGGAAUACGUUGCUUGGUUUAGAACAGUCACAACCCCCGAUAUGUAUGUGUCUGACCCCUACUACCUACACGACCCCCGCCAACAACAAUACGCACAACAACCACCCCAACAACCACCCCAACAACGCCAACAACGCCAACAACGCCGACAACGCCAAUCAUCCGAACAACCUUACCAUGAAGAAUAUCAAACAACACCAACAACGCCCUACCAAAGUCAACCCAUCCAACAACAAUCAUGGGGCUUCACCCAACAACUCCAUGACGCCGACCCCUCCACUAGGCUACCCGUCCAACAACAAUCAUGGGGCUUCACCCAACAACUCCAUGACGCCGACCCCUCCACUAGGCUACCCGUCCAACAACAAUCAUGGGGCUUCACCCAACAACACUACGACGUCGGCCCCUCCACCUCCACUAGGCAACCCAUCCAACAACAAUCAUGGGGCUUCACCCAACAACACGGCGACGCCGGUCCCUCCAACUCCAAUAGGCAACCCAGCCCCGACAUGGGUCUAGAUGACGAAUACGACCCGAACGAGCAAAUGACCACUCAAUCGUCACAGUACCAACAACAUGGAUACUCCACACCCCAAUUUUCACAACACCAACAAUAUGGGUACACAACACCCCAACAAACAAUGCCAUUUUUCCAAGGCCAAUCAAGUGCUGGGUUUUACCGACCAUAUGACGCAACUCCACCGCCAAGACCAAUCUUUGAGGGCAUGGGGACCCGACUAUUUGACAGCAGCAUACAAGAAUACAUGUCCAACGAGCGCAUGGAGGGGCUAAUCCGAGGACCAUCUACCCAGACACAACAAGAACAACCAAGGAAUAGGGGGGUCGUGGAGAAGUGGGUCGUCGAGAUCCUUCCAACCGGAUUCGAAUAGUUCCAGAUUGCGGAACUGGCGGUGAGAGGGGUCAUGGUCCGGCUCCGGGUCGGAGGGGUCAUGGUCGGAGGGGUCGUGAAUAGCAUAAUAUCCAUGUUUUAAAAAUUUUCCUUUUUUUCCGUAUUUGUAAUGUUUGUACUGUAUGACCGUAUUUGUAAUGUUGUUUCUGCAUUUCUCGUAUUUGUAAUGUUUGGAAUGAAUGACAUGUGGUGUUUCAUUAUUUAUUUAAUUGUUAAAACAAUUUUUAAAAAAU